UUCUUCUUUUAAAAGAACAAAAUAAUAAACAAAGAAUUAACGGCUUCAUAUUCUGAAGCGGUACCAGAUCUGCGUCAUUUCUCUUCACCAGAAAGAAACUGCUUCUGAUUCAUCAUGGAUGAGAAGCUUAUACAGCGAUUAGAAUCGGCAGUGUCACGUUUGGAGGCGAUAUCCACCGGAACCCACUCCGCAUCUUCUCCGUCCGACGCUUCUGAUGCGGCAUUCGAUCCAUCAGUUGUUGCCUUUGGCGAUCUGAUUGAUCAAUAUGUCGGUAGGGUUUCUAGUGCUGCCGAGAUUAUUGGUGGACAGGUUUUGGAGGUUACCAAUAGGGUGAAGGAAGCCUUCGCUGCUCAGAAAGAACUUUUGAUUAAGCUCAAACACACUCAGAAACCUGAUCCUGCUGGGCUGGCUGAAUUUCUGAAACCAUUGAAUGAAGUGAUCGUGAAAGCUACCUCAUUGACAGAAGGAAGGAGAUCUGAUUUUUUUAAUCACUUGAAGGCUGCUGUUGACAGUCUCUCAGCUCUAGCAUGGAUUGCAUUUACUGGGAAGGAUUGUGGUAUGAGUAUGCCCAUUGCACAUGUGGAAGAAAGUUGGCAAAUGGCUGAGUUUUAUAGCAACAAGGUACUUGUAGAGUACAGAAACAAAGACCCUAAUCACGUUGAGUGGGUCAAAGCUCUGAAAGAGUUGUAUCUACCUGGUUUGAGGGAUUAUGUGAAGAGCUUUUAUCCUUUAGGCCCUGUAUGGAGUCAAACGGGAAAAAUAAUUGCUCCAUCAAAAACUAAUGCACCUGCUGCACCUGCUGCCCCUCCUCCUCCGCCUGCAUCUCUCUUUAGCUCUGAAUCAUCUCAGGCUUCAUCUUCUCAGCCAAAAGUGGGGAUGUCUGCUGUUUUUCAACAGAUUGGUACAGGAAAUGUCACAGCAGGUCUGAGAAAGGUUACGGAUGAUAUGAAGACUAAGAAUCGCACAGAUAGAUCUGGAGUUGUUGGCAGUACUGUAAAAGAAAGUCACGCUGGUUCACGUGCAGCUCCUAAAGUUGGACCUCCAAAGUUUGAACUUCAAAUGGGCCGCAAGUGGGUUGUUGAGAAUCAAAUUGAUCAGAAAAGCUUGGUCAUUGAAGAUUGUGAUGCAAAGCAGUCUGUAUAUAUUUAUGGAUGUAAAAACUCUGUGUUGCAGGUUCAAGGCAAGGUCAACAAUAUAACUAUUGACAAUUGCAGAAAGAUGGGAGUUGUAUUUAAGGAUGUUGUUGCAGCUUGUGAGAUUGUAAACAGUAAUGGAGUUGAGGUUCAAUGCCAGGGUUCGGCUCCUACAAUUUCAGUGGACAACACUUCUGGCUGCCAGAUUUAUUUGAGCAAAGACUCUUUAGAAACAUCCAUAUCUACAGCAAAGUCAAGUGAGAUCAAUGUAUUGGUUCCUGGCACUGUGUCUGAUGGUGAUUGGGUGGAGCAUUCUUUGCCACAACAGUACAAUCAUUUAUUCAAGGAUGGGCGUUUUGAAACAACUCCAGCUUCACACUCUGGAGGUUAAAUGUAUUGGCAAGUGAGAGUUCCUUAUCAUUUUUACAUCAUCUUAUUCCUUGGAUUGCUAUGGGAGUGCCUUCAAUUCCUUGUUUCUCUGAAUCAUUUACAAAUACAAAUCAUAUAUAUAUUUGUUUACCACAUUCUUGCUUGGUUGCCUGUGCUUGUGAUUUUUCCGAUAGCUUAUGGAAACAUCCUAAGCCUCAGAGUUUGCUUCUGCUUGAGCUUUUUUUUGUUGUUCGAUGCAUUAUGCAAUUGAAUUAUUAGCUUUCAGAGGACCCAUACAUUUGUCUUGAUAUCUUGGUUUGAUUCUCAAAGUUUUGCAUAUUUUUGAGGACAGAACAAUGAUGUACUUAAUGCAUUCUGAAAAUCGUUUGAGUCUUUUGAAUAGAUUUAUAUCCCCAGUUUCUAAUGAGAAAAUGAUGAGUUGAUGGA